GUGGGGCUUGCGGCUGGCCGGCACCGCGACCCUGGCGGCGGGGCUGGGACCGGCACCGGGAAUGGGAGCGGGAGCGGGGGGUCUGCUGCCCACAGGUGCCCCCAGUGCCAUGAGGACCGUCCUGCUGCUGUGGCUGGUCCUGGCCAGAGCCUGCGCCUGGCUGCGAUGCCCCGAUGGGCAGCCGUGCCCCGCCACCCCGGUCCUGCCUGCCAGCAGCGCGGCAGCGUGCCAGGACGGCUCACCCUGCCCCACCAGUGCCAGCUGCCCGCUGCCAGAGGGAGUCCCCUGCGCCGGUGGCCGCCACUGCUGUCCCCGAGGGUCCCGCUGCAGUGCCGACGGCAAAUCCUGCAUCACGUCCCCAGCCCCUCGUGCUGUCCCUUGUCCCGACGGACAGUCCGAGUGUCCCGAUGAUGCCACCUGCUGCAUGACGGCGAGCGGCACCUGGGGGUGCUGCCCCAUGCCCCAGGCCUCGUGCUGUGCCGACAAGGUGCACUGCUGUCCCCACACCACCAUCUGUGACCUGGCCCACGGGCGCUGCCUGUCACCCACUGGUGACGGUGACAUCCCCCUGGGCACCGCCUUCCCCGCCUGGAAGCGCCAGCCUCCGGCACCAGCCGCGUUGCACGAGGUGCUGUGCCCCGACGGCCGCUCGGCAUGUCCCGACGGUGCUACCUGCUGCCAGCUGCCCUCGGCGCAGUAUGGCUGCUGUCCCCUGCAAAACGCGGUGUGCUGCAGUGAUGGGCAGCACUGCUGCCCGCAAGGCACUGUCUGCGACCUGGAGCGCUCCACCUGCACGUCAGAACGGUCCCUGGCAUCCCUGCCCAAAGCUCGUGAUGUGAAGUGUGACAUGGAGACGAGCUGCCCCGACGGGAACACGUGCUGCCAGCUCAGCUCGGGGGCCUGGGGGUGCUGCCCGCUGGAGGAGGCCGUCUGCUGCCCCGACCACGUGCACUGCUGCCCCCAGGGCUACACCUGCGACCCAGUAGCGGGCAGCUGCCUGCAGGAGGGGGGGGGCCGCUUGCCCUGGGUGCAGAAGACCCCGGCGCUGGCCCGAGAGAAGGACGUGCGGUGUGACGAGAAGACGAGCUGCCCCGACGGGAACACGUGCUGCCAGCUCAGCUUGGGCACCUGGGGGUGCUGCCCGCUGGAGCAGGCCGUCUGCUGCCCCGACCACGUGCACUGCUGCCCCCAGGGCUACACCUGCGACCCAGUAGCGGGCAGCUGCCUGCAGGGCGGGGGGGGCCGCUUGCCCUGGGUGCGGAAGACCCCGGCGCUGGCCCGAGAGAAGGACGUGCGGUGUGACGAGAAGACGAGCUGCCCCGACGGGAACACAUGCUGCCAGCUCAGCUCGGGGGCCUGGGGGUGCUGCCCGCUGGAGGAGGCCGUCUGCUGCCCCGACCACGUGCACUGCUGCCCCCAGGGCUACACCUGCGACCCAGUAGCGGGCAGCUGCCUGCAGGAGGGGGGGGGCCGCUUGCCCUGGGUGCGGAAGACCCCGGCCCGAGAGAAGGACGUGCAGUGUGACAAGGAGACGAGCUGCCCCGACGGGAACACGUGCUGCCAGCUCAGCUUGGGCACCUGGGGGUGCUGCCCGCUGGAGCAGGCUGUCUGCUGCGGGGACCACCAGCACUGCUGCCCCCGGGGCUACACCUGCAACUUGGCCACCCAGAGCUGCGAGAAGCUGCUGGCACCCACCCCGCUGCUGCGAGCACCCACGUCCUCGCUCUGGCUACCCGCACCCCCCCGCCGGGCACCCAUCCUCCCACCAGCCCUGCUGCGAGCCACCGGCACCGAGCCCGGUGCCCCGGUGCCCUGCGAUGCUGCCCGCUCCUGCCGCAGCGGGCAGCAGUGCUGCCGGAGCCGGGGGGGCUCCUGGGGGUGCUGUCCCUUCAGCCAGGGCUCCUGCUGCUCUGAUGGCCGUCACUGCUGCCCCGGGGGGUCCCGCUGCACUGGGGGGGGUUGGGGGUGCAGCCCCCAGCGCUGGGACCUGCCCGCGCCCCGCAGGGUGCUGCUCUGAUGUCCCUGGGGACCUUCUAAGGGUGUCAUCACUCCAAUAAAAGGUUUUUAGGACAAA